AUGGGUCUACCAGUGAUCAAAACCUCUGGUAGUGGGUUUCUCAAGUCUGGAGACCGAUGGCAAAUAAAAGGAGUUACAUAUGCUGGCGCUGCAUUCGAGAGAAGCCAAUCUGAUCCAUUAACCGAAGGCGAUCAGUGCGCAAUCGACGCGCCUCUGAUAAAAGAGCUGGGCGCAAACACCAUUACCGCAUAUUAUAUCGACCCUUCAAAGAAUCACGAUGCUUGCAUGCAAAGCUUCGAGGAUAAUGGAAUUUAUGUGAUCGCGGCCAUGCCUAACCUCAUAGAUCAGUCCAAUGAGGGGUGGAAUAUGACACAAUACACGCGCUCCGCCGGUGUUGUGGACGCCAUGGCCGAAUACAGCAACCUCCUAGGUCUUCUUAUCGGAUUAGAGUCUAUCAGUUAUGGCAGUUCUACCAAUGACAACGAGACUAGCAUAGCCCCAUCUCUAAAAGCAGCAGCCCGCGAUAUGAAAGCGUAUACUGCCGCACGAGGCUAUCGCACUAUUCCAAUUGGGUAUUUUGGCAACGAUCUUGCCAUGAUACGCGAGGCAGUAGCUUCUUACCUGGCCUGCGGGAAUAGCAGUGAAGCAAUCGACUUCUAUGGGCAUAAUCUCUACUCAUGGUGUGGAGAUUCUUCGUUCAUAGAGUCCGGAUAUUCCAAAUUAAAUUCAGAAUUUGGAGAUCUGGGAGUUCCCGUGUUUAUUUCGGAAACGGGAUGCAAUAUCAAUUCGCGCAAAUUUUCGGACCAGCCAGUUAUUUUCGGGUCUAAAAUGUCUGCUUACUGGAGUGGCGCGGUUGUCUAUGAAUGGCAUGAAAGUGGUAAUGAUUAUGGUCUGGUCAAUUACACUUCCACCGGGACUAAUUCUGCUGCCGCGCAAACCCCGUCAAUCUUGAGCGAUUAUUCGUCACUGAGUACGGAGUGGGCCUCGUGUACCAUCAAUACAACCACUCCUAUGACCUUCUCAAGAACAGCUUGUCCUUCAUCGAGCACCUCCUAUUGGACACUUGACCCCAGUGCUUCAUUGCCAACAAUUGCCGGUCUUGACAUUGCUACAGUAAAACGAGCCUCGGCCACAGCCACAUCGACCACAACAUCAAAUUUGAACAACAUCUCUGGCCCCACCGCUUAUUCAAGUUCGAGCAGCUCGGGGCUAUCAGCCGGUGCAAUUGCCGGCAUCGCCGUCGGCGUCACAGUGGUCUUGAUUUUGAUUUCAGUGGCAGGCUUCUGGUUCCUCUACCGUCCUCGGCGAAAAAGCAAAGCCGAGAAAGGGAAACAGGCAGAUAGAGGCGGGCAUCCCGAGGUAGCGGAAUUGUCUAGCUCUGGAGGUAUAUUAGAAGUCCCCGCAACGGAACCUAUACGAGAAUUGCCCACUCCCAACGACAAUUAUGGCGAGUUAUACGCAGGUCCUGGAACCCAUACACAUGAACUACCAGUGCCGGGGCCAUCACGACAUACUCACGAACUAGACGAUACGUCUACUAGCCAAGAGGAAAAUGGAGGGCAGAGAAGACCGAGCAAUGUGGAGCCAUCCUCAUCUUCGGUGUCUGAUAGAGGGGAACCUAGAGAUCUCCGUGCUGGACUGUCGGGGCCUUUUCGGCCAGAGGUAGAGGGACCUCAAGUCGAUGAACACUUACGAAAACCGGACCACGGUGAUGAAUCCGGCCGAACUUGA